GUGACCGGAAAUGACUUCAGCAGGAACAUGGCGGAGGAGCAACAGCAGGAGAUCUCUCAAAAAGAGACUGAUGGGCUGAAUUGUCUUGCACAUGAUGAAGCUAUUAUUGCACAGCAAGAUAAAAUUCAACACGAGAUAUCGACCAGUAUUCCUCUGGUGUCAGAAAGACAGGAACUUUCUGUCCUUAAGCGAGAGUAUGCUGACGAUGACACCAUUUACCAGCAGAAGAUAAGAGACUUGCAGAAGAAGUACUCAUCUAUACGCAAAACACGGCCAGAUGGGAACUGCUUCUACAGAGCCUUUGGUUUCUCACAUCUGGAGUCUUUACUUGAAAACAGCAAAGAAUUACAUAGGUUCAAGGCUAUAGCUGCCAAGAGUAAACUGGAUCUUGUGAGCCAAGGUUUCACAGAAUUCACCAUUGAAGAUUUUCACAACACAUUCAUGGACCUGAUUGAGACUUGUGAUAAGCAAGUGUCUGUAGGUGAGCUGCUCAGCUCCUUUAAUGAGCAGAGCGUUUCCGAUUAUCUUGUCGUCUAUCUGCGGCUGGUGACCUCUGGGUACCUGCAGAGAGAGGAUGACUUCUUCCAGCACUUCAUAGAGGGCGGCCGCACCGUUCGAGAGUUUUGCCAACAGGAGGUGGAGCCCAUGUCCAAAGAGAGUGACCACAUUCACAUUAUAGCUCUGGCUCAGGCUUUAAAUGUGUGCAUCCAGGUGGAGUACAUGGAUCGAGGAGAGGGAGGAACAGUCAAUCACCACAUCUUCCCUGAAGACGGAGAGCCCAAGAUUUUCCUUCUCUACAGACCGGGCCAUUAUGACAUCCUGUACAAUUAACAGAUCUGCACCUAAUGCUGCUAAGGCCUCGUCUGUUUCUGUGCUGUGGGUUUGACUCAACUCUAAACCUGUGAAAUGUGAACACGAGAGCCCAGCACUCAACAUUGCAAUUUCCUGUCAAAACCCCCUCAAGACUCUU